AUGAUGAAGAGCUCAAAGGAGGACAGAAAGGCUUUGAAAGAUGAGAAUAAGAUUUUGCACGAUGAGAAUAAGAUCUUGAAGGCACCAACUCGCAGCAUUGAAAGUUCACUGGAAUCAAUUACGAGAGCGAACAAUGAUCUGGAGCAGUACACUCGUAGAAAGUAUCCAAAUGGUGACUUAGAAAGAUUUAUUGAAUAUGUGAGCUCCACAACUGAUAGAAUUAAUCAAGAAAACAAAACUUGUAUAAUCAUGGGAGACUUUAACAUAGAUCUUUUGAAAUUUCAAUCACACUCAGCAACUGAUGGUUUCCUUNAUGCAUUUAAUGAUUAUCUUGCCAAUAUUGGUAAAAACCUAGAAAGUGAAAUACCAAGUGUAUCCAAUAGCCCAAUGCUCCCGUCGUUUGCAGUCCAAGGACCAGGGUCAACAAAUCAAGGAGAAAUACCUAGAGAUUUGGACGAGUACUUCUAUGCUCUAGAUGAGGAGGUACAUGGGGCAACAAAAAAUCUAAAGCUCCCGUCGUUUGCAGUCCAAGGACCAGGGUCAACAAAGCAAGGAAAAAUACCUAGAGAUUUGGACGAGCACUGCUAUGCCCUAGAUGAGGAGGCACAUGGGAUAAGAAGAAAUCUAAAGCCCCAGUCGUUUGCAGUCCAAGAACUAGGGUCUACAAAGCAAGGAGAAAUGCCUAGAGAUUUGGACGAGCACUUCUAUGCUGUAGAUGAGGAGGUACAUGGGGUAACAAAAAAUCUAAAGAGAGAUUUGCUGAGGCGCGGGGCUAUUAUACGUGAUCUGAAGUUUGGGACACCCGAGUGGGAGCUAGGAGACUGCAUUGGAGCUGGAGCAUUCGGCAAGGUGUACAAGUGUUUUUACUAUAAAAACAUUGCAGAUCCUUGUGCAGUGAAAGUAGUUAAAAUAGAGCCUCACCAUGCUGAAACGAGGACGGAGGUGGAUGUUCUGAAAAACGAAAUCAGCAUUUUGAGCAAACUUGAACAUAGACGAAUCUUGACUUACUAUGGCAGUGAAGAGAAAGAAAAUUAUCUCCAUUUAUUUAUGGAAUUCAUGGAAAGGGGAUCAUUGUAUGAUUACAUAAAGGAGAGGAAGUUUCUCGAUGAAUGUGAAUCAAGAAAUUUCACAAGACAAAUGUUGGAAGGAGUGUCGUUCCUGCAUUCAGAAAAUGUCAUUCACAGAGACAUUAAAGGAUCAAACGUUCUUAUUGAUAUCCGCGAGGACAUAAAACUGGCUGACUUUGGUUUAUCAAAAUUAAUUCAGAAAAUCGGAAGCAAAACCAAUUUUGUUUCUCACUGUGGCACUCCUCACUGGAUGGCACCAGAAAUAUUUUGGGGAAAAGGAUAUGGAAGGAAAGUUGACAUUUGGAGUGUUGGUUGUACGGUCGUGGAAAUGUUGACCGGAAGUCCUCCUCUGGGUCACCUUGAGCCGGUAGCGGCCAUGUUUAGUAUUGGAUCUGAACCAACAGAGCCAACACUGCCAGAGGAUGUAUCACAGGAUGGAAGGGAUUUUAUUGCGGCCACAUUGACUUGGGAUCCCAAGGAACGACCAUGGGCGGACGAAUUACUUCAACACCGGUUUUUGGAAAUCCCAACAUAAAUUUAAUUCUAACAAAGUAUUCUUAACAAAGAAGUUUCAACUUCUUGACUAACGUCUUACUGUAACUGAGUUUAUUAUUUGUUAUUUCAUGAUUCUUAUUUUUUUGCAGUUGUUGAGGAAUUUUGCUUCUUUUUUUUGUCCAUCAUCAGUACUGAUAAAUCCCGCACGCAUAAUGACGGUUGUAACGAAAUUGAUAAAAUAAGCCAAUACUUGCAGUACCAUCGGGGUCUCAUGAACUAAAUUGAAUAUUCCUCAGUUUUACUACGAUUGAAUAUCUUUGUCCUCGUGCAGCUGAUUUUCCAGAGUGAUAUUUUCGCAGCGUUCUGUUUAUUCACUCAAAAGUGCUCAAAAUGAGAUACAGUUUCCCUUUCGAACCAUUUGAACUCAAAAUGAAAAAUCAAGGGAUGUCCUAUGCCGUAUAAGUCUCCUCUUCAUAUGUGUUAUCAAAGAAAUCUGAAGCAGUGAAGGAUGAUAUUUACAAAGUAGACAUAUUCAUGGACUGGAAGUAGGACCUGUUGAUAGUAGAGAUGCUCUGCAGACUCCCUGAAUACACUACACUAAGUGUUACAUGUAUAUUUUGCUCAUUUGCAUUUUCUAAAUAAAGGCGUCUAUCUAGCCUCUACAGGUUCG